UUCGCCUGAAACUUUCCAGGCUCCACCACCUUGGCCAACCCUCCUGAAGGAUGCUGGAGGCUGGAACGUCCCUAUCGGGCAGCAAACUGCCUUCCACAUCCUAGAGCAAGCUCUCCCCACCUCCCAUAUCCUACAAAUCUUACUGCGUUUUGAGCUGUCCUGUGGUUUCUGUGGACUAACGAAUCUCUCUGCAUACUCUGCCGGGUCAGGAGCUUUGACCAGUUAUGGUGAGGUGGUUUCAUCCCAACAUCAGCGGAAUUGAGGCAGAGAAGCUGCUCCUGACCAGGGGUGUCCAUGGCAGCUUUCUGGCUCGACCCAGUAAGAGCAACCCAGGAGAUUUCACUCUCUCCGUCAGAAGGAACGAUGAGGUGACGCACAUUAAGAUCCAGAACACGGGGGAUUACUAUGACCUGUACGGCGGCGAGAAGUUCGCCACGCUGGCAGAGCUGGUGCAGUACUACACCGAGCAGCAAGGGCUGCUGCGGGAGAAGAACAGCAACGUCAUCGAGCUGAAGUACCCUCUCAACUGCCAGGACCCCACCUCGGAGAGGUGGUACCAUGGGCACCUCACCGGCAAGGAGGCAGAGAAGCUUCUGACAGAGAAAGGGAAACCAGGUAGCUUUCUGGUACGAGAGAGCCAGAGCAAACCAGGAGACUUUGUAUUGUCGGUGCUGACGAACGAGGAUAAGAUGGAGACUGGGGACAGAAAACCACACGUGACCCACGUCAUGAUCCACUACCAGGUGGGAAACGUGGAGAAACGUACCGUCCCCGCUCAACCCGCUGGGUGGGUGACCCAGCUGGGAGCUGUGCCUUCGAGUCUCACCGGGGUUUUGUCAUUUUUUCCCCUGCAGCCGGAUGGGAAGUAUGACGUGGGGGGAGGAGAGAGGUUCGACACGCUCACAGACCUGGUGGAGCACUAUAAGAAGAACCCCAUGGUGGAGAAAUCCGGAGCUGUGGUUCAUCUGAAGCAGCCAUUCAACGCCACACGCAUCAAUGCAGCUAACAUUGAAAACAGAGUGAAGGAGCUGAACAAAAUGGCAGAUCACAGUGAGAAGGCCAAGCAAGGGUUCUGGGAAGAGUUUGAGAUGCUGCAGCAGCAAGAGUGUAAGCUCCUCUACCCCAGGAAAGAGGGACAACGACCAGAGAACAAGGCUAAGAAUCGCUACAAGAACAUCCUUCCCUUUGAUACCACACGGGUGGCACUCCGAGAUGUCGAUGAGAGCGUGCCCGGGUCGGACUACAUCAAUGCCAACUAUAUCAAGAGCAUCCCUGAAGAUGGAAGGAACUCUGAGCACUGCAAGAUCUAUAUAGCCACCCAGGGCUGCCUGCAGACAACAGUGAAUGACUUCUGGGCCAUGGUCUACCAAGAGAACAGUCACAUCAUUGUCAUGACCACCAAGGAGGUGGAGCGAGGCAGGAACAAAUGCUUCCGUUACUGGCCAGACAAGAGUUGCACCAAGGAGUAUGGGUGCAUCUGUGUGCGGAACGUGAGCGAGCGUGAGGCCCAGGGCUACUACCUUCGGGAGCUGGAGAUCUUGCGGACUGACAGGGAUGAGCGCCCGCGACUGGUGAAGCACUAUCAGUAUUUUAGCUGGCCGGACCACGGGGUGCCCAAUGAACCAGGAGGGGUUCUGAGCUUUCUGGACCAAGUGAAUCGGGCACAGCGAAGCAUUCCAGACACGGGCCCGAUCAUAGUGCACUGCAGUGCUGGAAUAGGACGUACGGGCACCAUCAUAGUGAUAGAUAUUCUGGUGGAUAUUAUUCACAGGCAAGGUUUGGACUGCGAUAUUGACAUCCCCAAAACUAUCCAGAUGGUACGCAGGCAACGUUCGGGCAUGGUGCAGACAGAGGCGCAGUACAAGUUCGUUUACAUGGCUGUUCAGCAGUACAUUGAGGCUGAGCAGAAGAGGUUGGAAGAAGAACAGAGGAAUAAAAGGAAAGAGCGAGACUACUUGAAUAUCGGCUACGCUCCUAUGGAAAAAGGCAGAGCCAAAGGGCAGCCCCCUUCGCCACGGAGCCAGUCUGCGGUUGAUGACGAGUCAGCUUCCGUCUACGAGAACCUUAACAUCAAAAGCCCAAAGGUUUCAGGGAUGAGUAAUACAGGGCGAUAAAAGAGCCGGAGGUGAGCUGUACGGAGGCUGCACAGGAUUUACAGGGUUUACGUCCACCCUUUCCGAGUUCUGCGAUUGCGGACAACUUUUUUUGCCCAUCUUGCCUUCCCCAGGCACCUUGGAUUCAGCGAGGAAGUAAGAAGCUGACUGUAAGAAGUGAGCAGAGUCUGCACCUAAGAACAUGCCUUGACCUAACUUAUUCACGAGAAGGAUCUUCUCCCAUUCUCCCUUGUAUCAGUAGGUUGAUAUUUAUGUGGAAGUGCCUCUGGACAUUCAUUAGGGCAUCAAGGCUCAGUUUUUGGUUUUGUUUUUGUUGAUUUUUUUUUUUUUAAUUUAAGAUUCUUAUUUUUUACACACAAAUUGUUAAAAGGAACAGAAAUGACUAUUUGCUUAGGAGCUUUCCCAGGGUUGCCCGCUUAGGGCGUUAGUAAAAAGUUAGUACACUUCAAUGUUUUCAUUAGGUCAAUCAUUUCUAAGCUUAGAAGCGUUUUUAGACUAAAUCCUGGAGUAACUUUGCUGCCUGUGAGGGUGAGAAAUAGAGCGCGCUGCCUGGACCCAGGUAUUUGCACCUCUGUUGAUUCUUCUUCUCACGCUCCCUUUUGGCUGCACCGGUUCUAGAUUUCUACGCAACCCUGCCAAAGCACACCGAGCAAUCCCUGCUGCUGUAGUACAGCAGAUGCGUGUGUGUGUGUGUGUGCCCGAGAGCCUGCUAGCUGCUCUGCACGUGGUUUCGUAGCAGAAUUGAAAGACAGAGGUGAGCAUCUCCAUCCUUGACUGUGUGGGUCUGAAUGUUGAGCUAAGUGAAAUCCUACGUAGCUGAUGGGUGCUGAAGCCUAGGAAAGCAGCUUUCACUGUGCGCUGUGCUUUUAGCCACCCCUAGUGAGGAACAGCCUAGGAUACUAAUCUGAGCUGAACUUUUUGAGCUGGGCCCCUCCGAGCUUGAUGCAGCUCUGCCAUUACCU